AUACUAAAUUUGCUCGUGACAGGAACUCAGGCGUAAUUCAACUCCGCAAUAACACGCUAUUGAAUCUCAGUGGCAGGUACCAGCGAAGUGUUUAGGUUCACUUUCUCCAAAAUGGCGAGAAGCGAAGAGUGACUUACGGAACUUGGCCUAGAUAAUACUGUGAAGGCAAUCUUCACCGUGAUCACGGCUUCCCGGAAGUGAAUCGACAGUGUCUUAACAAUUGGAAAUCAGUGAAAAUCGUGACGGUUUGUGGAAUAAUAUGCUAACAACCUGUUGUAUGUGUGGACCCGCUGCUAAGCCUGUGAACGACCAGCAGAGCUAACGUCAGAGGGGGCAGACACGACGACUGGAGCAGUGCCACUGGCCACUGCCAGCGCUGUGAAAACCGUAUCCCGUUCUCAUCCUCCUUUAUGUCGUCAGGAAUUUCAUGGAAAUCUGGCCCACGCAGUUGGUACAGCAUAUGUCUCGCUAAAACUGUCCGCUGUUAGAAGAACUACAAACAUUGAACAUGACUUAACAAGUGAACGCAGUUUUUGCUGCAACUAAUUUUUGCAUUUCAUGAGUAACUUGUUUGUUACUAAUCAUGCUAAAUUUGAAAUAGCCAACAAUUGCCCGAAAAAACUUAGGCCUACAUAAACAGGGAACUUUGACCACUUUGGCUACAACAUGUCCAUGUACAAUUGAAUAUCAAUCUGAAUUCUUUGAUGUUGAUGGUGUCUGUCGCAUGACUCGCUCGCAAGGACUACGUAAAUCCAGUUAGGCCUGUCUAUAAUCGGAUGAAUGGUUCCAUCAAAUCUAAUAACUGAAUCAUUCUAAAAAUCAGCAACAUGUCCAUAACGGCAUUGAAGAGAUUUUUCCGAUUCUCCACGGCUGACAAAAAGAAGGAUGAUAAGUUCCAGAAUAUUAUACGAGACAGAGAUCCUGAGGGAGAGUGGGAACUUCUUUCUGAGCUGGGAGAUGGAGCUUUUGGAAAAGUUUAUAAGGCCAAGAACAGACACUCUGGUGUUCUGGCAGCUGCCAAAGUCAUAGAGAUCAAGGACCAGGAAGAGUUGGAUGAUUUCCUAGUAGAGAUUCAGAUUUUAUCAGAAUGCAAACAUCAGUACAUCGUGGGGAUGAUCGAGACAUACUUAUAUGGCAACAAGUUAUGGAUGCUGAUAGAGUUUUGUGAGGGAGGAGCCCUGGAUGAUAUCAUGCUGGAGCUGGAGAAGGGUCUGACGGAGAGUCAGAUUCAGGUGGUUUGCAAGCAGAUGCUGGAAGCGUUGGACUACUUACACAGCAAGAAAGUCAUCCAUCGAGAUCUGAAAGCAGGCAACAUCCUGCUGACCAUGACUGGAGACAUCAGACUAGCUGACUUUGGAGUUUCAGCCAGGAACACUAAGACCAAACAGAAGAGGGAUUCCUUCAUCGGGACGCCAUAUUGGAUGGCGCCGGAGGUGGUAAUAUGUGAGACCCUAAAGGACAAUCCCUACGACUACAAGGCAGACAUCUGGUCCUUAGGGAUCACUCUGAUAGAACUGGCCCAGCAAGAGCCCCCAUACCAUGACCUGCACCCCAUGAGGGUUCUUAUCAAGAUUCCUAAGGCUGACCCGCCCACCCUCUUGGCACCCUCACGAUGGUCCAAGAAUUUCAGCAAGUUUAUUAAACUCUGUCUGGACAAGAAUCCGGAGACAAGACCGACUGCGACAGAGCUGUCCAAGCAUCCCUGGCUAGCUGAAGUGCUUGACAACAAGCCAAUUAGGGACCUCCUCUGUGAAGCCAAGGCAGAAGUGACUGAGGAGAUUUUUGAGUUGCCUGAGGACCAAAUACCAAUUGAGCGACGUUCUUCCAUUGGUGCUGAUAGCACAGACAGUGAAGACAUCCUGGCUUCAUUAGGCACACCUACCACGCCUUCCAGCUCAAACAACAUCAGCACAUUGUCUAUGAGUAACAGUGAGCCAACCACGCCUGUCAAGAAGUCACCCGUCGAGCCGACCCCACCAGUCAAGCCUCCUCUCAGCCCACCAGUCAGGGAACAGCCAAAUGGUGCUGCUCAUGAUCGCAAGAUUAGCUCAGUCAGCACAGUCACUGAAGACGGACUGGAACAUGACCAGCACGUGGUAUGUGACACUGUCAAUACUGACAGGGGGGAUGGGGAACCAGACAUUGAAGGUGGGGAACGAGCCGUAAGGGAGGGGUUACCAGUUGAAGGGGGCGGGACACUUGUAUCAGACUCUGUCGAGGAUGAAGUAAAACCUAAGGAAAUCACUGAUGUGCUCAGAGAUGAAGAAGUUCAGGGCAGUGAACUUGUAGACAAAGAUAAGGUGGGGCCACUAUCUAACGAUCUAGAUUUCCAAUCUGAGAAUGAGUCUCAGAAAGUUGAAGAACCAACUCAACUAGAUGAAGAGGUUCUUGGUAAACCCGCCGAAUUGAAUAAAGACAGGGAAAAUAGGGGGGUAAUCGAAGGAGGUUUGGAAGAGGGUGAGGUCGAGGUUCAGGCAAAGGCUGAAACAUCCGAGGAAGUUAGAAAGGAAGCGAACGAGGAUGAGAUCCUGAGUGCACAUGAAGAGGAGGCUGGAGAACAAGAGGAGGUACCAAAGAUCGUCAUGGAAACGGUUUCAGAGCUCAAAAUGGAAGAGCCAUCCGAGCAGAAGGACGAAACACAGGCCGUUGUGGAAACCGUCUCAGAGGUAAAAAACAAGGGAGGCAUGGACCAAGAUAAUGAAGUCUUUCAUGAGAACGAGGUCCAGCCGAAGGAGGAAAUUAAUGAGGAAGGAGACCUCACUGAUCGCGCAACGCACAAACCACCGGAAAAACCUAAACUGGAGGGUCUGAAAGCAGAGCUGGACAGCCUCAAGAAUGGCGGGCUGUUCAGCACAGGGGAAUCUUCACCAAAGACCCCCAAGACACCUGUCAGCCUCGGCAACAACAAGGGUAGCGUUGCUAGCCGGGGGUCCUCAGAUGCUGGCAGUGAGGCAGCCAUCGACUUGGAGAGAAGCAUAUCUAAUAAAGAGGAGAAACCAAACUACAAGACGCUAAAGAAGACCCGUAAGUUUGUGUUAGAUGGCAAGGUGGUAACGUUGACGACAUCUAAGGUUGUCAGAGAAGGGUCUGAGGACAAAUCCAAACAACAGCAUGAAAAUAGAAAGGCUGAGAUGAGACAGUUGAAACUUCUCCAUAAGGGUGAAACCAAGGAGAGUAAUCAGCUAGCCAGCCGCAUCCUCCAGCAGUCAGAUGUUCUCAAGAGCAAACACAAGAAUGAGUUAGGGUCGUUGACCAAGAAAUACGACAACGAGGUGGAAAUGCUGAACAGACAGCAGAAACAUGAGGUGGAGAAGCUGGAGUUAGCACAGACCAAUGAGGCCAAGAACUUCCUUCGCAUGCACAAGAUGAAACAAGAGAAGGACCUGAGGAGCUUCAGGGAGAAGCAGAAAAGAGAGAUGAAGGAGAUGAGGUCCAUCCGAGGAGGCUCCAAGGAGGAUCUCAAACGCAAGAAAGAGGAGUUUGACGUUCGGCAACAGCAGGAAGAACAUAAGUUCAUGUCAGAGCAAGCCUCUGAACUGGAGAGGCUUAGCACAGAACUGUCGGAGCAGCACCGCAACAAAGUAGCCAUGCUGGAGAGGAAAUUCCUGAACGAUAAACACCAAAAACUCAGAGCGAGGGAGUCGGCCAUUUGGGAGUUAGAGGAGCGGCAUCUGAAGGAGAUGCACCAAGCCACCAAGACACAGAUGAAGGACAUGUUUUUCUUACAGAGACACCACCUUGUCAUCAGACAAGAGAAGGAGUUGCAAAUCCUGAAAUCUAUGCAAGAGAAAGAGGAGGAGGACAUGAAGCAGAGACAUAUCCAGGAGAAACGACGGUUGCCACGGAAUCUACGCAACGAGAUGAAGACACGUGCUAACAUGUUCCGCAAGAGCCUCGCCAUCAAAAAUCCCAACUGCACGGCAGAUGAGGAGCGUGAGAAAAUGAGGGGGUUCCAAGAGUCAGAGAGUAAGCGUUACAAGGCAGAGCUUGAGAGGCAAGAUCGCAAGCAUCGUCGUCAGUUUGAGAGUCUCCGUCAAGGCCAUAGUGCCGCUAUGCAAGAGGUGCUGACUAUUCAUAAUGAGAAACGGAAGCAGUUGAUGGAGCAGGAGACAUCGAAGCUGAAAGGCAAGGAGGAAGAUCACAUCAAAGAGAUCAAACAAUGGAAGGAUAACCUCAGACCCCGUAAGAAGGAAUUGGAGGAUGCCUUCAAACGGGAAUUGAUGGACCAAGACCGCUUCUAUGCUAAGGGAGCCACAGCAAGUAAUCCAGAGUCUGGUGUCCAGAUGAGAGAUGCCCGAAACAAUGACAAGUAAGCAAGGGUGCCAGACUUGUAGAUCUGGCGUCUGGUAUCUACACUCGGACUCAGUGUUGUAUUAAUGUAAGGAAGUAGGCACCCAACUGUAGUAUUUAAUCAGGUACCCAAGUUGAUGUACAGGAAGCCAUGAGGAGAAAAGGUGUGCUGUGAUUAAAGUAUUUGGCUGUGGCUAACGGCAAUGCAUGUUAUUGGAAACAGCUGAAGCCGCAAACAUGCGACUUCCACAGGCAUACGUAUUGUUGUAAGUCGCAGCUAAGUAAGUUGAAUGCAGCUUGAGGCUUCUGACUGCUUGAGACGCACACAAGAAACACAAACAAGUUUGAUAGUUUAGGACAUAAAAUUCCAUUAUAACGAAUGGUGCUUUGUACAAGUUAAGUUGAAGCAGUUGAAUGCGCUUGCGCACAUCAAGGAAUGGAGUAAAAAGAGACCCUUAAUUUGCCUGUCCCAUUCACAGCAGGUCAGAAGAACAGACUUGAAAGAACAGACUGUUUCUUACAGGUUAAAACAAGGUUAUUGUUUAUCACAUUGUGCCAAUAACACAUGUCCAGGUUCCAGGUGAAUUUUAGUGGUAUUCAGUUUUCUAGUGGUAAAUAUUUUGAUGUAAAAUGUGUCUUCCGUGCUUCAAUCCCAACCACAUUGCUCUAACUUUUUCAUUCUUAAUUGCUGUGUAGAUCCUUUCUUAGAUUUCUCGGGGGUGCUGAGAUAUCUGUGCAUACUUUCCCAGUAUCCAUCCUUCCAUUCCACAAACCCUUGCUACAACCCCACCCUAGCUCUCUCCUCUUCACUCCAACCCCUUGCCUUCCUCCUAACCUUUUUCUCCUAUCUGUCCUUUCCCCCCCCCACUUAACCCCUACCCUACCUCACUCCACCUCGCAUGAUAGAUGAAUAUUCUGGGUGCAUUGUGGCUUGUGAGCUUAGCAUCCGUUGCCAAAAUUGUCUCAAAUCAUAAAGUGCCCAUUAUAGCAUUAUUGUCUGUAAUGGAUGACUUUUAAAAAAUGCUUCGCACUCUGUAUAGUCCGUUUUGUGUAAACAUUAGUGAGUGUUGGCACGAAAGGUUCUGUGAGCGCUGUAAGUUUCCAAUCUAUUGUCUGUCAGUGUGAGUCACAAUCAAGUUACUUUGUAUUACUCUACCUCAGAUAAAAUGAGGUAUUUCAUUCCUUUUAAAUUGUAGCUGAAAAUGGACACUUCCGUAUCUACACAUAACAAAUACAA